AUGCAACAGCCCAACAAGGAAAUACAGCACAUCAGCAACCAUACACUUUACACUGAUGGUUCUAAACAUGCUGAAGGCGUUGGCAGUGCUUUCCUGCACUGUUGGCAAAGCCAAGAAUUACAUCAUUGGAAAGGCCACCUAGGUGACAGCAAUAGCGUCUUUCAGGCAGAAGUGAUAGCAAUUACAGCUGCUGUUGAAUAUCUAAUAAGCCGAAAAAUCUCAAAAGCUUAUCUCUAUACGGAUAGUAUGUCUGCCUUGCUGGCCCUAAGCAAACACAACCAUGUUUCCCCGUUGAUCAUCCGCCUUCAAAAACUCUUAAAAGAUAACCCACAGGUACACGUGGACAUGACGUGGGUGAAAGCUCACGAAGGCAAUGCAGGUAAUGAGGCAGCGGACGUGCUCGCCAAAGAGGCAGCCUCAAACAUCAACGCACGUCCCAUCGCUGUUCCGGCGCCACCUUCCCAUCUUAAAAGACUGCUGAAAGGCGCAGCAGUCCAGUGGUGGCAAAGAGUAUGGGAACAUGGAAACACAGGAAGAAGAGUGUAUGGUUUUCUACCGAUGGUGACAACGGAGAGACUCAUAGCAAACGCUCCACUUACUAACUUUGUAACUGGGCACGGUCCCUUCCCGGACUACUUCAACAGACGCACUAUUUCUAAUACGGAUCGCUGUGUAUGCGGGGAAGAGGGGACACCCGAUCACUAUAUCUUCCGGUGCCCACUCACAGAACAGCACCAUUUCCCGGAACCCACGAACAUACCUGCCUUCCACAAGUUUAUCCUUAAAAAUAAAGCGGCAAUCAACACAGUGUGCAAAAUCGUUAACACCAUUAAGGCCUACGGCCAAGACCUUUGCCUCCCAUUAUAA